CCUUCCCGAUCGGUUCAGUAUCAUUUUCAAUCGUGUCCACCGUGUGUGUAACCAAACCACCAAGUAUAAAACGUGCCAAAGUAAACUAAGAGAACAAACGACGGAAAAACAACAGACAUAAUAUAUUAUAAGAAAUAAGUGUGAAGCAUACUAAUGGAAAAAUCGGAAUGAACACGUUCAAUCGUCAGGAUUUUAUUUAUGGAUCAUCAUUUUUUUUUAAUCGUCUAUCAACACCGUAAUUUUACAUCACAGAAAAACUAACAGGAUGAUUUCUAUUUGCAUUUCAUGAUAAAAAAAUAUUUGUUAUUCGGAAUGUGGAUAAACUUCCUCGUGUGAUAUAUAAACAACGGAGUUUAUAUAAAUGAAAUGAAUUUAUUAAAAGGAUUUUGAUGUACUCAUAGAAAAAAUUGUAUAAUUAAAAACAAUUUAAUUAUCAUGACGACGGAGAAGAACCAUACCAUCAACAGCGGACAAUUCGUCAAAGUGCAAACCGAACGAGCCAGUUUCAAGCCAACGGAAAGAUGGCGUAUUAUAAAAAACAUAUUACUAAUAGGAAUUGCAUUUAUGAUGAAUUUCACUGCCUUUAUGGGUGCAACGAAUCUCCAAAGUUCCAUAAAUUCCAGCGAAUCUCUGGGCACGUUCACCCUAGCAGCAAUCUACGGAAGUUUAAUAUUUAGCAACAUCUUCCUUCCGGCCUUGGUGAUAAGUUGGCUCGGUUGCAAGUGGACAAUGUCUCUAGCUAUUCUAACUUACGUGCCAUUCAUAGCAGCUCAAUUUUAUCCAAGAUUUUACACGAUGAUCCCAGCAGGACUGAUGGUCGGACUUGGUGGUGGACCACUCUGGUGCGCCAAGUGCACUUAUCUUACGGUCGUGUCCGAAGCUUAUGCUACUCUAUCUGAUCUAGCAUCCGAUGUUUUGGUCACUAGAUUCUUUGGUCUAUUCUUUAUGUUUUAUCAGAUGGCACAAGUAUGGGGCAAUCUCAUAUCAUCGGCAGUUCUAUCUUUCGGAAAGAAUGAAAUGAUAUCAACGAACAUGGCAUUGAACAGUACUAUUGUUGCUGAGAUUUGCGGGGCCAAUUUUUGCGUCGCAUCUUCGUCUACCAACGACAACCCAAAUCUAGAGCAACCACCGAUAGACAGGAUCCACUUGAUAUCUGGAAUUUAUGUUGCCCUUAUGAUAUUGGCUUCUUUGGUUAUAGUCUUUGGGGUUGAUUCAUUGUCUAGAUAUGACAGAGGUAGAAAGGGUUCAGGUGCAGGAUUAACAGGAUUAAAACUCUUGGCGGUUACGUUGAAUUUGUUGAAAGAAAAAAGUCAGCUUUUAAUUUUGCCCAUAAUCAUUUUCAUCGGAGCGGAGCAAGCUUUUCUCUUUGCCGAUUAUAACGCAUCUUUCGUGUCUUGCGCUUGGGGGAUCAGUAACAUUGGAUACGUUAUGAUAUGCUUCGGAAUUUCCAAUGCUAUUGCAGCUUUGACUACGGGUUCCAUUAUAAAAUUAACCGGCAGAAUUUCCGUGAUGAUCUUUGCCUUUUGCCUGCACAUGGGAAUUUUAAUUUUUAUGUUGACCUGGAAACCGACUCCUAAUCAAGGGAUGCUCUUCUUUAUCAUUUCUGGAUUAUGGGGUAUUUGUGACUCCAUCUGGUUGGUGCAAGUUAACUCUUUAAAUGGUUUACUCUUCCCUGGAAGAGAAGAGGCAGCUUAUUCCAACUUUCGACUAUGGGAAUCCACUGGAUCUGUGAUAACUUACAUAUACAGUCCUUACUUGUGCACGCAUACAAAGAUUCACAUUUUGAUGAUUAUUCUCUGCAUCGGUAUAAUAGGUUACUCUAUUAUCGAAUGGAUAGGUAAAACAAAACCAAUUGUUAUUAACGAGAAGCCAGAUUUCGAAUUGGUUGCUGAUAACGAAGUAUCAGGAUAAAAACUCGCGUUCAAACGAAUGUAUAAUUACGAAGGUAAUUAUAUAAGUUUUCUGCGUGCGGGAAAUAAUAAAGGAAAAAAGAAAACAAAUUAACAAAUAUAUAUAUAUAUGUAUAUAUUGUUUCGUAUAUGAUGGAAAGAUAAAUUAAAAAAUAAGAAUGAUGGAUUGAAUAACUAAGGUAACAAUGAAAGAGAGAGAGACACAAUCAUAUGUAAUUUGUACCACAAUAUAUGUUUUUUAUUUUAUUC